AUGGCAUCGCGUAUCGACUUAAACGUUUCUGUCCAGCUUAACGGCCACCCUUUAUUCAGAUCGCCCCAGGUAGCCAUCAGCUCCACACGCACCCGAGCUAUACAAAGCAUCAUUGAUAAAUGCGCUCAAGAAAUAGAAUAUCAACUUACUCGAGCAGGCGCAGAUGAGAGAAGAGAUGCAGAAGAAGAUAGAAGAAUUCAGGAACGUACGAGAGAGUUUAUGCAAAAUCAUGAACAAUCUUGGGAUGCUCGAUUUUAA